AUGCUGAAGUUAAUAUACGAAAGUGAGAUGGGGAAGAAAGUAAGGCUGUGGACGGCGGUGGUGAAGAUGGUGGGUGCUGGUGGUUGCGAGGGUUGUUGUUGCGGAUGGAGACGGCAGGGAACUAGGGCGGUUGCAGUUCUGGUGACGACGCCAAUGGGCGGGUGGCAACAGGGGUGGUGGCUACUAUUUGUUUUUGCGGAAGUUCGCCUUUCGGGGGGCCACAUGAGGGAAACGGGCUUCCUGUCCCGAACCCCGACCAUGAGAAGUGGAGACUAUCUGGAAGGGAUGCUGCACGAUUACAUGGGGACAAAGUCGAGCGGUAUAAAGCCGAGGGCCCAAAAGGGCUCGUCCGCGCGGCUCGUCACCGUCCUCACGUGUCUCCAGUUUGGAUUCGCAGUCUACGCCACGUUUCUUCUCUACUUCAUGAGCCCGUCCAUCGACCUUCGGGCCCGGCCCGACUUCUCUUGGGCGACGCGCAUCGCCCACCAGUGGAGGACGCACUUCAUGGCCGUCAGCCACUACCAGCAGCCCGGCCCGUCUGGGCCGGGCCUUCCGUCUGAGACGGAGGCCGACCUCGUCUACAUUCUCGACGACGACAUGAUACCCGGCAAGAAAAUGCUGCAGAUUCUGUCGCAUGUGGCCGGCACCGACAAGUACAAGAACUCGGUAUUGGGGAGCAUCGGGCGAAUUUUGCCCUUUCGACAGAAGGAUUUCACAUUCCCGAGCUAUAGAAAGUUCCGGUCCAAGGAGGCUGGGCUUUACCUGCCCGACCCGGCUUACGACAUCACUAUUGAUAGGGUCGUGCAGGUUGAUUUCUUGUCGAGCUCGUGGUUCUUGUCGGCCGAGCUCGUUAAGACUCUUUUUAUAGAGACGCCAUUCACGUUCAUGACAGGGGAGGACUUGCACUUGAGCUACCAGCUCCAGAAGUACCGGAACGCGGGUUCGUACGUCCUGCCCGUGGACCCCAACGACAAGGAGACAUGGGGGGACAGCGAGCACCGACUGGCCUAUGUGUCCGAAACAACCGUUAUCUUCAAGGACAUUGUCCAGGUGAGGGACGAGCAGUGGUGGAAGGCCCUCACCACAGGCUACAUCACCCAGUGGGCCGCCAUGAACCCUCAGAAGAUCGAUGCCCUUUUCUAUGCCCACUCGUUGGGCGAGGUCAAGGCUCUUGCCCCACUCCUCGAAAAAUUCAGGAGCACCGUUGGGAAAAAGGCGUACCUUGUGGUGUCGGGAGGGCGGUUCUGCCCUUGCGAGGAUGCUGCCCUGGCCCUCAAGUGGCCCAAGUCGGUGUGCACAGAGAGAAGGUUCAAGAUUUUUGAUCUGGGGAUCGGGGCGCUCUCGGGGGGUUCCGACUCGGAGGUGCCCCUUGUGCAAGGGGUGCACGCGAGCAUGAAAGGUUUGGUGAGGAUGCAUAACCCCAGCGUGGUAGUCACCGUUUCUGAUAUCGACUCCAACGUGAAGAGGGCUUUAAAGAUGGUGAUGGAGGGCGGUGGGAACGGGACGGCUUUGGUGCUUCUGCCUAGGGCUUCCGUGCCCAAGGCGCUCUGGAUGGCCGAUCUCCGCUCGACGGCUUUGCCUAACUGGAACAAGAUGCGGUUGUCGAUCAGCAUCAUCACCCAGAACCGAGCCAAAUCCCUGGCUCGCCUCCUCAGCUCCCUGUCGGCUGCUUUCUACCUAGGUGAUGAGGUCCCUAUCACGUUCAACAUGGACAGCAAAGUGGACUCGGCGACCCUUAAGAUGGUCGACUCCUUUGCGUGGCCCCACGGGCCAAAGACCCAGCGGCGGCGCAUAAUCCAAGGUGGGCUGAUCCGCGCGGUGAGCGAGAGCUGGUACCCUUCCUCGGACAACGACUUUGGGCUCCUCCUGGAGGACGACAUAGAGGUCUCCCCUUACUACUAUCUGUGGGUCAAAUACGCCCUUCUCGCGUACCACUACGAUCCCCAGGUCUCUCUGCCGGAGCUCUCGUCCAUCUCCCUCUACACCCCCCGUUUGGUGGAGGUCGUGAAGGAGCGUCCCAAGUGGAACGCCACCGCCUUCUUCAGCCGAAUCCACCCAAACACGCCCUACCUCCACCAGCUCCCCUGCAGCUGGGGUGCCGUCUUCUUCCCCAAGCAGUGGCGCGAGUUCUACGUGUACAUGAACAUGCGCUUCACGGAGGACGCCAAGCAGAACCCGGUACAGAUCCCCAAGUCGAGGACCAACGGGUGGCAGGCCUCCUGGAAAAAGUUUCUCAUAGACAUGAUGUACCUCAGGGGCUACGUCAGCCUCUACCCCAACUUCCCGAACCAGGCCAGCUUCUCGACCAACCACAUGGAGCCAGGGGCCCACAUAAGCGCAAAGGACAACGUGGUGAGGCACGACAAGGGGGAUUUCGAGGUGCCGCUGCUUCGUAGGGAUUUCCGGGAGUUUCUGCCCAACGGGAAGCUGCCGCCUGCCUCCAAGCUGCCCUCGUUGAAUCUCUUCAAUCGGGCGCUCUCGCUCAAGGGGCUCAAGGCGGCGGGGGCCAAGCUGGGGCAAGACGUGCUCGAGUGCAAGCCCAAUGAGGUCGUGGCCGUCCAUCACGACACCGGUCUGCCCUCGCAUUGCGCCGCCUUCUGA